CAAACCAAGCACCCGUGUUACAGGAUGUCGUAUGCUUUUCAUUAUUUCAACGUCAACGAGGAAUACUACUCCGUAUGGCAGUGGUUCUGUGCUGCCCGGUGAGCAACCACGACGCCAUCGCCGACCGUAAUGUAUCCACAUCCACAUCCAUGCCAUGCACCUGAGACAUUCAAAGCCGUGUAAUACUCUGGGGGAACCAACCGAGUGGCCGGUGCAACAAAAAGGAUGGAAACUUCGAUCUGCGCGGUUGCCCGCCGGUCCAGCCAGUGAGCGAAGACCCUUUAGGGGCUCGCGGAGGCCGGCUGCCCCACGGGCCGCGUGUCCUUUCCACCCUCUCCUAUUCUGCCAUUGCAGAUACACUAUAGAUACCUACACUACACUGUCCUCCGUAUACCUAGUGUUAGCGCAUGCCUCGACUCGAUCAGUUGGUGUCGUCUUCAGGUGAAACUAGGGUCGUCAUGGUCACCAAAUGUGGGCCAUUCAGCUUGUUUGUGGAAGGAGCACUAACAGACUAACAGUCUAACAAAGACAAAGUACAUACCUACAUCGCACGCCAUCCAGCACUAUACAGUACAAU